AUGGGAAUGUGCCAACUAUUCGUGUGCAUUCUACUGUUAACUAAAUUGCUACUCGGGCAGUGUCAAAUUGGCACUGUUAAGCCGAGCGAAUCUGAUGCAACCUGUCACUUGCAAUUGGAAUGUUUGGGUCCAAAACAGACAGAUCAAGGACGCGUGAGAAUCCCGGUUCGAUCAGCCCGAGGACCGACUGGACCACCCGGUGAAAAGGGUCUGGCUGGCCCACCAGGUCCUCAAGGAGCCACACCCAAACCUGCGGCAAUCUGGGUUCCUCAGCCUCGAGAAUAUCAAGUGGCAUUCUACGCCGGUUUAUCCCGCAGCCUCGAAACUCGUCCUACUCCGAAAGAAUGCCCACUCAUCUUUGACACGGUGCUGUUAAAUCUGGGUUCCGGAUACAACAGCACCACCGGUCAAUUUACUGCCCCUGCCUCGGGUGUUUACGUCUUUGUAUUGGUUGUUUCCGCACAGAGCUACGAAAAGAUUAGAUGCAGGCAAAGAAAAGUGAUCCCGAUUGAUGAAUCUUCCUGGCUAUUCAAUCAUAAACCGGUCCUUUUACAAAUCGGUCACUUUCACAAGCAAGACCAUGGAUCUGCAGUGAAAUUACACGAUUCCAAUUUCAGUGAUUCGGUUCAUCUUAUGACGCCCGGUCACUGA